ACUUACAGGAGUCUUUUAUCUGUUGCAAAACGAAAUUGUUUCAGAUUUGGCAAAAAACAUAACUUUGCAUUAAAUCUUAUUCAAAGUCACAGGAACUUUGGUUGCCGAGUAGAUAUACUUCCAUGACAAAUACCUUAAGUGCUUGUUGUCUCUGUAGUCGCAGUUAGUGACAGUUGCACUACAUCACUUAUCUUAAUAUUGAAAAGGUAUAUCGAUUUAAGCUGUUCAACCCCGAACACCACGCAUAGUGCAUGUUGCCAAGUGGGAAGAAGGAGACAGUUUUUAAUCAUGCCUUUACGACUGAUUUUGAUAACUUUUGGAGGUUUUUGGCUUGUUGAAAGUUCUGCCUCUGUUUGUAGUCUAUGCGAGGUAAAGCCAUUGUCAGAUUUCCAGAACAAGAGAGUUAGUGAGGGUGUUCUGUGGACAAAGACUGAUAUUACUAGUCGUGCCGAAUGUGCAGCGCGCUGCUCCCUCUUCAGUGUGAUAAAGUCCUUUGGAUACAAGGAGGCCAGUGAAGAAUGUGUGGCACAUACUGUGCCUCUCACAACACCAGCAGCAAUGACGUAUGCCAGUGAAUCAGGAUUCAACAUGUAUUCAACUUGUGCACCAGUUGACGGCGGUGUCAGCGCCUGGGGCCAGUGGACUGGACCAGCUUGCCCUCAGACAUGUGGGACCUCGCACACCAUAACGAAAAGCCGGACUCGAACAUGCACGAACCCGUCUCCAGAUAAAGGAGGGGCAAGCUGCACAGAAAGCCUCUCGGAAACAGGUGACGUCAACUGUGGUUUGCCCCAGUGUCCGAUUGACGGAGGCGUCAGCGCUUGGGGUGCGUGGGGCACAUUGGUAUGUUCACAGACUUGCGGUACCACAGCAACAGGAACCAGGACACGAACCCGAACCUGCACCAACCCUGCUCCAGCUUACGGAGGAGCGGACUGUUCGGAGACGCUCUCCAGCACGACCAGUGGGAACUGUGGUUUCUCUUCGUGCUCUGUUGACGGAGGCGUCAGCGCUUGGGGUGCGUGGGGCACAUUGGUAUGUUCACAGACUUGCGGUACCACAGCAACAGGAACCAGGACACGAACCCGAACCUGCACCAACCCUGCUCCAGCUUACGGAGGAGCGGACUGUUCGGAGACGCUCUCCAGCACGACCAGUGGGAACUGUGGUUUCUCUUCGUGUUCUGACAAUCCUAACUUUGGCACGUGCAGCUCCUCUUGUUCUGGGACGAACGUGGUCUGCAAUACUGGCUACUGUGUGUGUGACAUCAUGUAUGUGAAACGUGGCAGCAGUUGUGUCCAAGACUGUGGUAGCUCUGGAUAUGGAUCAGGCUUCACCAUCUUCAACAACAAACUCCUUGAUGGUUAUAAUGACAGAGUUGUCUCCUCCAUUCAAACAAUAGAGGAGUGCACCAGCCUGUGUCUAUCAGCAUCGGAUUUCACUUGUAUUACCGCGGACUAUGAAUUUAACAGUAAGACUUGCUACUUGAGCACAACAGCUUGGUACGCUGUACCAUCGAGCUCGGCUGUCGAUAGCUCCACGUAUCAGAUGAUAAUCCGUAAUUGUGCUUAAAAUACGGCUUUGGUUACUUUUGUAAGGUUAGCAAAGCUGGUGAGAAAGGGCUCGUGACACCCAUAUAAACUACUACAAAAAUGAAAGACUGGAAGAACCGUUAACUAAAUUCGUGGAUAACCUUGAUUCGUUGAUCGCGGUAAUCGUGAUAUCUCGUAAAUUAAGUACUUUUGAUGUACAUGCACUGCCACGCCCUGCUGACAAAAGUGUUCCGAAUCGCUGUAUUACACGUAAGUACAGAAAAACCAAAUGUCCAACACUGAGAUAAAUAGCCAUAGAUCACUCGUACAAAAUUUCAUGUUUACAAAACAUCAAAUAAAAUAUAUACCGUAAGCAUCACCCUUCUCGUCUGCUUGUCGAGAUGUCAAUAAACAUAAGUCACGUGACUUGAGGAUGUCUGUUAAAAUUAAAAAUAUAUGGAAACAUUUUCGGGCUUC